GUACCGUGUAUAAUCCGGACCUGGUGUUGCAGCCCUUCUACGUCGGCUCGACGUCGCCGACGCUUAUAGUCGAUGUAUUCACGUGGGGCACUGCCAAGGACGAGUGGGUGACUAGGAUCUCGGACGAGUGGACCGGUGAUGCUCUAUAUAGACAUCACGAGCAGAUGCUCACCUAUACGGUGACGACAGGCACUUCCCGUACGAGUUUUAUGGUGAUCUACGUCGAUAUGACGUGGCUUGAAGACUACGCUUGGGAGGCCAUGAGCCCGUCUGAAAGACAGGCGCCGGAUGAACAACGGAUGAAGAACCGGAACCACGUAGGCAGUCACCCAGAUAUAUUGCUGGAGUAUGCCAACCACCAGAACUUUGUUGAGAACGCAAAGUACGUUCUUAACAAUAUCAAGGAUGCGCAGGAGGCCGGCAUCCAGCAG